AUGAGCGUCCGAACGCGAAGACAAAAGGCUGCUGCCACGGCCGCUGUUGACGAGCAACCAGCACCAACAGAAAAUGGCGUCGCCCAUGCUAGUUCUACGCCUAAGAAGGUGGAGAAAGGACCACAGGAGAAUAUCUUCUUAUUCUGGCCGAACCUCGUCGGUUAUGCCCGAGUCAUUCUGGCUGUAGCAUCGCUCUACUACAUGCCCCUCCACCCACGAACGUGUUCAUUCCUAUACAGUAUCUCCUGUCUACUGGAUGCCCUGGACGGAUACCUCGCGCGGUUAUUCCACCAAUCCACAACGUUUGGUAGCGUCCUAGACAUGGUCACGGAUCGUUGCACGACUGCAUGUCUUUUGGUGUUCUUGAGCUCGGCAUGGCCCCGCUACUCGAUCAUCUUCCAAGGCCUAAUCAGCUUGGAUCUUGCCAGCCACUAUAUGCACAUGUACGCUACCUUGAGCAUGGGUGGUGCCGGACAAAGCCACAAGGCUGUCGACUCUAGCCGAAGCUGGAUUCUGCACAAAUACUACACAAGCAGGACUGUGUUGUUCCUCUUCUGCCUCUUCAACGAGCUAUUCUUCAUUGGCUUGUACUUGCUUUCUUUCUCGUCACCGAGUCUUUCCCCGUCUCUCCUGCAGCCUCCUCCACACACCGAGCCGAUGACCGCUCAGCCUGGGAAUCCAGCCCAUCCACCAGCGGACACGCUUUUUGCCAGCCCUUGGAGUGCCGGUGCACUUGAAUUGGCUCGUGCAAACAAGAUUGACAGCAUGUUACCGUGGGUCAUCACCAUCGUCUCUUGCCCGAUCAUGGCAAUCAAGCAAGGCAUCAAUGUCAUACAGCUGGUCAAGGCUAGCAACUGGCUUGCUGAGGGAGAUCUCGCCAAACGCCGAGCUGACCGGGCCGCGGGAAAAUUGGCGUAG